ACUAUUUCAAAACAAUUAUAAAAACAGCUGUCGUCUUGAUUUAAGCAUCAUUCUUGUGUCGAAUUUUCAUUUAGGAAAGCACUUGAGAUAUUUGGAAUUAAUUCUUUUGCGAUAAAAGAAAAAGGUUACAGUUGACAUUUUUCCAAGGUGCAUUCUAAAAUGGGUGAUAACUGCGGAAUAAUUGAAAAGCAAACAGUUAAAACGAAGCGAAACAGAGUUCUUAGCAUAUUAAAUCCAAAUUCAGUAAAAAAACGACGGCGGGGACACCACAUGAUUUCACAUGCGACAACUCUCCUGGAUUUGAAUGAUGACUGUUUGCUCACUAUCUUUGGGAAUUUAAAAGCAAUUGAACUUUGCCAUGUAGCAAAUGUGUGUAAACGUUUUGGCCCACUCGCAGAGAGUGCAUUUCGUACCACUCACAAAUCCGACCAAUUCAUACGACUUCGUUUUGAUGAAGGAAGCUGCACAAAGUCCGAAUUGCGGCGGAUAAUCUGCAAAUUUGGCCACUUAGUUACAUAUUUUUUUGGAACUGGACGUCAACUUGAGCUAAACUUGCUCGAGCGUUCGAAUAAUUUACGAAAAUUGUGGCUGGAUGAAGUGAUUAUUGAUUGUAAAAUUGCUAAGCCAAUAUUUCAGCGAGUGGAACAUUUACAACUUUUUGAUUGUAAAUUUGUCGGCAACCGUAGUGAUAUAUCAAAGGAUUUGUUUGAAGCUUACAACAAUCUCGAACUAUUGAUGUACUCCUCAAUGGAAGGUGUUCGGCCAUAUGGACUUGAAAGAAAUUAUAAGUUAGCAACACUUUUGUUUCGAAAUUGUGUGCCAUCACUAAGUAGCUUCAUUCAGUUUCUUCGAUUCAAUAAACAACUACUAUGUCUCGGAAUACCUGGUGAUAUCACAGAUAAAUACGUUUCUGGAAUUAUUAAAUAUGGGAAACAACUAACUCACAUUUUUCUCUUUGUUAAGGAAGGAAUAGUGAGUGCUGAAACUUUUGAGCGGCUUGGAAAUUUGAAAAACCUAAGGAAACUGAAUAUUCGUUCCCUUUAUUUGUGUCCUUCGAAAAGCGCUACAACAUUGAUUGACGGUGCACUCCGAAUGAACAUUCCUCUAUCGUGUUUGGAAACGCAUUCUUUUGCUAUUGACUCAACAGCUUUGAGGAGCAUUUCCAAAUUGGAAACACUGGUAUACUUGAAUUUGGGAGGGAGAAUUUAUUGUUCGAAAACCGAAUUCAUGUCACUGCUAGUUUCAUUACCAUUACUCAACGAAAUAAUACUUACGUUUGCUUAUCCGAGUCCCAAUAAUCAGGAUAUGAGUGUAAUUAUACUAAUAACUUUGAUUGAAUGCGGCAAGCAACUCAACCGUAUCGAAUUGAUAGAUGUCCAAAAAUUUCGGAUAAAUGAGGAGAGCUACGCAAAGUUACUCGAGGUAGUUAAAAGCAGCGGUAGAAAAGAAAGGCUUUCGGUUAUAUUUAUAGGCUGUAAAUUUACAACUAGCUACGAAGUGUCGAACGCCAUUCAAAGAAAUAAUCAGAUGUAUCUGAAAAUUGACUACAGUAUCAGUACUUCAUGCUGUUGCAAAAACUGCAAAUCCACCCUUACUUAGUUAGUAGCUUUCCUAUUCAUUUUUUUAUUACUGCAUAAACUUAUGUUAAUCCAUCCCACGGCCAAUGGAGAACAAAAUCCGUGUCUUUGUUUGGUUUAAAUUUAAAUGUCUUUCACGUUCAAAUAAAUGUUACAAUUUGGAACAGA